AUGGAUUUAAGUGCACAAUAUCCACAAGGACAAAUAUUUACUUGGUGGGGAUUUUCAUCAUGUACAAAUUCAGUACAAGUGCUUCGAUCGGAACAAUUUCUUGGAAAAACAGGAGAUGGAACUCUCUUCAAUAUUGAUUGUGAAUCUGUGAAUCGUAUAUGGAAAAAAUUUCUUGAAUUGAAUCUAUUCAAAAAACAUUCAAGUAAUGAACAUACUCUUGAAAAAGAACUUCUUUCUACUCGUAUUUAUGUGAUUGCAUUAAUUGUAUGUUUAUCUAUUAUUACUAUUACUGUUGCACUUAUCGUUCGACCUGUUGACAAAAUUGAAUAUAAACCUUCACACAAGAGAUUUUCACAAUUGAUUCGUAAGUAUCCGAGUACUCUUCAUUGUCCAUGUUCAAAAUCUUCAACAAACUAUGAUAAAUUCGUCACUAUUAAAGUUAAUUUCCAUCAAGUUUGUUCAAGUGAAUUUAUUCAACAGGCAUGGAUUGACAAACUAUUUACAAAGAAAAAUAUUUCAAUCGAAUCAAUUGAUGAUGUUCGUAUUACUCUUAGUUUUUUUUGGCAAACAAUUGCUGGUUUAUGUAUAGCAAGUAACAAAAGUUGGAAUGCUGUUCUUGCAAAUUUUGGAGCCACAAGUUUUAUCACUCCUACUGCAAUUGCUGAACAAGUUAUUCGAAGUCAAGCUGAAAACGCUCUUCAAAAUCGAAUAAAUGCAUCAAAAACAACGUCAACUCGUAAUUUACUUGCUCUUCAACAUAUAACACGUGGAGAUCAAAUUGUAUCAGCUUUACAAACAAAUUUCUAUUUACAUUAUCCACCCGUACAUUUAAAUCCAGAGAAAACUCCAAAAAUGACAGCUCGAACAUUUGGUAACUGUACUUGUUUAAAUAUUGAUGGUUGUCCACGAUCUGCUACAUUUAAUGAUAAUUAUGGUCAUUUAGUUAAUGUACCAGGAAUGAUAGUAGAUUGUUUAAUUAUUGAUGGUGCACUUGCCUCAACACUUGAAUGUUAUUAUAAUCAAUCAUGUAUUUCAAUUUUACAUGGACAAUUAUCGAUGAAUAUUAAACCAUUAUCAAAUAAUUCGAAUAAAUAUUUUUCUAUGCAUUCGAAAGUACAAUUAAUUUUUAAUGAAUUAAUGAUAGAUGAAACAAUAACUGAAAUUCGAUUUGAUAAAUAUUUUUCAGAAUGUAAUUGUGCUUUUUGCUCAUAUUCAUAUACAAGACGUUUUGACAUUUUUUUUAUUUUCACGGCUGUUACUGGGUCUAUUGGUAUAUUAUCAUUCAUCAUACGACACGUUGCAUCUUUUGUUGCAACAAAGAUUUUACGUCGAAAGAAUCGAAUUUUACCAAUGGAAAAUGUAUCAACUAUAACGUCUAUGGAACAGAAUCGAGAUCAACGUAUACAACUUCGUAUUCGACUUUUAUUAAAUAAAUCAUGGCAAGCAAUGAUAUCUUUAAAUCUUUUUGAAAAACAAACACAUCGUACACCUACGAACAUUUAUCGAGAACAACUCCUAACAAGAUUUUUCGUUUUUUUCAUUGUUAUUUUAUCGAUUGCUGCUGGAGUAUAUACCUUUGUUGUAGAGCAAAAUCAAGUAAUAACAAUUCCAUAUCCAUCUCUUGAUACUUAUGAACAAUUGUAUAAGGAUCAUCCAACCACAUUAUAUUGUCCUUGUUCAGUAAUAUCCAUUUCUAAUCAAGUUUUUCUUAAUAUAACAUUUGUAUUACAUCAAGUCUGUUCAAGCGAUCUGGUUUCAUCAGAAUGGUUACAUUAUCUAAUAUCUUUUGAUCCGAUUUAUCUGCCGCCACCCAAGUUUCGCUUCCAAUUAACUGAAGAUUUUCGUGAAAUGGGUGCUUCUUAUUUUCAACUUUUAGCUGCUUUUUGUUCAUUAGCUGAAAUGAACAUUGCAGAUGCACAGAAUGUAUUUUUUAAUACUGAAUUUAUUAAUGAUCGUGUUCCUUCUUCAUCACGUUUUAAUGAACAAACUGAAGCUAUGAUGACUUCAUUUAUUGAUACAACAAAAUAUGAUUUUAAACAAACAUUUAAUUGGAUGAAACUUAUUUUUAUUACUAGUCAUUUUUACGAUGGAUUGAAUAGAAAUGUUGAUAUAAAUAUAACCAAUGGUAAUCAAGUGACUGCUAAAUUUCGUGGAUAUACUACAGCAAAUUCCAUAAAAGGUACGACUAUAGCCGGUCAGUCCUUCUGCACUUGUGGAUUUGAUCCUGAUUUCUGCCAUCUAAUCCCUACAUUUUAUGGAAAUACAACAUAUCUUAACUUUACUGAUGCAUUCAUUAAUGCAUAUUUAUUAUACAAAGUAUUAUAUCUUGGUUGUUCACCUUUAAGUGGGUUUCUCAUGUCAAGAACGAAAUGGUGGUACGAUAUCACAUAUAUGAAACGUAUUCAAGAAACUUAUUCCAUGAUUAAUCAUACUCGAUCUUCACCAGAUAUCAAACCUCUUAAUCAAUCUAUAUCGACUCAAUUUGAUAAUCCCGAAACGAAUGAUUUACUUCGUGAAAUGCUACUCGAAAACACAACCAAAAAAGUAUACUUCGAUAGAUUUUAUAGUGAAUGUAAACCUAGUUUUUGCUCAUAUACCGUUUUUCAACGUCGCAACUUUAUCGUGAUAUUAUUUCUUAUUAUUUCGAUUUGCAGUGGUCUGAACCAAGGUCUUCGACUACUUGUUCCGCUAAUUGGAUCAUCUACAAUUGGUGCUCGUUUCAGAAACUUUCCACGUAUUAUCUAUGAUAAAAUUAAAAAUUUCAACAUCUAUGAAACAGAAUCAACUGAUAACACUCAUAUUCGUCAACAACAAAUCUAUACAAGAAUUUACCUAUUUCUUUACAUAAUUUUACUCAGUAUUGUACUCUUUUAUACAAUUCUGAUCGAACGUCGUAUUACUGAAACACAAGACUUAAAUUCGCUUAAUGAAUCUGAACGAUUAUUAAGUGUUUAUUCAGAUGAUAUCAGUUGUCCAUGUACAUAUACAUCAAUUCCUUAUCAUAAAUUUAUCACUGAAUUACGAGUCGAUCCAUUUCAUGAAGCAUGUGAUAUUAACCGGUUGCCCACGAUAUUGAAAAAAGAGUAUUCGAAUAUUAUAUUUGCAGGUACAAUGGGAGGCGCAGGUGGAUUUGAGGAUUACGAUGGACCAUACUUAAUUUGGAUGAAUCCUUUCAUGGAAUCCUUCAUUAAAAUUUGUUCUUUUGCACAAGAAAAUGUUAGAAAUAAUAUUGACGCAUUUCUUGUCUCAACUUUGUUUACCAAUCAACUAAUGUCUCGUAGUCUAUUUAACACUGAAAUGGAUGAAAUACUAAGUCAAUUCAAAAAUAAAACAAAAACUACAUUUGCUCAUAUGUUAGACCUUAUUCGUUCAACUACCCAAGGAAAUGCUUUACUACAUAUAUAUUCACAAGCUUGGAGUUUAGCUGCAGUUAAAACAAACGAUGGAAGUAAUAUUAAUUUCCUUACUAUACCUCUUACAUUCAACAAUAUACAAGAGAAUACAAGUUGUUUAUGUAGCACUUUACAAACAUGUCGAAUACCACGACAAGUAGAUAUAUCUCGUGGUUUGAUUACUAUUGAUGGUAUGGUCGUUGGCUGCCAUCAGCUUGAAACAUUACUUCUCUCAUCUUUGGCUUGUUUUUAUUCUCUGCAAUGCACUAACGACCUUCGAGCUGCUUUGCCCGCAGGACCUUUAUCAAUGGAACAGUUUGAAGGAUUACAUACGUCAACAACACGAUUCUCUAUGAAUGACACGAUAGAAACGAUAGCAUAUGAAAUGUUUAUCGAAUCAUGGUCCAAUAAUACAUCCUAUGAAGGAUAUUUUAAUAGUUGCUCACCAAGUUAUUGUAUCCAUUCAUAUUAUCAAAAAUCUAAUGCAUUAGAAAUAUUAACAACAUUUUUAAGUGCAUAUGGUAGUUUAUCAAUUGUCGUUUACUUUAUCGUACCUUAUCUUGUUAAAUUAAUUAAAAAAAUUUUAAUUUGCUUUCGAAUUACUCAACAACAAUGA